AUGCCCGCCAAACUCCCCUACCACGCCGACCACAUCGGCUCCCUCAUCCGCCCGCAAACCGUCUCAGACGCCCAAUCCAAAUUCGACGCGGGCGAAAUCUCCGCCUCGGACCUGCACUCCGUCCAGCAAAAGGAAAUCGCCACCAUCGUCUCUAAACAAAAAUCUCACUCCGUCCGCGCCCUCUGCUCCGGGGAGUUCGACCGCAAAUACUACUUCUCCGGCUUCUUUGAGAAGCUGCAGGGUUUCCAUGAAGUCUCGCCGGUACCGUGGGAUCUGGCCCGGCUCUCCGCCGCUCCCAUCGCCGCGUUGAAGAAGGCGGGGAAACAGUACCCCAUGGCCGCCAUUUGCGAUGCGAAAAUCGUGUACAAGGAGUCGCCAUACUUGGAGAACUGGAAACUGCUCCGCGGGACGGUGCCGGAGGAGGAAUGGGCGCAAUGUAAAUUCACCAUGCCGCCGCCGUGUUAUUUCCACUUGAGAUUAGCCAAGGGGAAGUGUUAUUCUCCCGAAGCGUAUGGGAGUGACGAGGAGUUUUUCGAUGACCUGGCCAAGGCGUAUAGGCAGGAGUUUCAGACGUUGUAUAAGGAAGGGUUGAGGAAUGUGCAGAUCGAUGACCCGACGCUGGCGUAUUUCUGCUCGGAUGAUAUGUUGAAGGGACUGAGGGAUGAUGGCGAGGAUACGGAAGCGAUGUUUGAGUUGUAUUUGAAGGCGCAUAAUGAUUGUAUCAGGGACCGGCCGGAGGGUUUGCAUGUUGGAUUGCAUAUUUGUCGAGGCAACUUCUCCAAGUCAAUGCACUUUAGCGAGGGCUCCUACGAGAAAAUCGCCGAGCGCUUCUUCACGCACCUCAACUACGAUACCUUCUACCUCGAGUACGACAACCUUCGCUCUGGCGGAUUCGAGCCAUUGCGUUUCCUGCCCGUGCACAAGAACGUUGUGCUGGGUGUGGUUACUACCAAGGAUCCCGAGCUUGAAGAUAAAGAGCUCAUCAAGCAGAGGGUUUUGGAGGCGGCGGGAAUCAUUGCCAAAGGCCAGGGAAGGAGCGUCGAGGAGGCGAUGGAGAACAUCGGGAUCAGUCCUCAGUGUGGAUUUGCGAGUGUGGCUGUGGGAGCGGAUGGAAUGGACGAGGCCAAGAUGUUUGCCAAGUUGAAGUUGGUUAAGGACGUGGCGGAGGAGUUGUGGCCAGGGAGAGCAUGA